CCACGAUCCAACCUCAUCCAGCCAAGAAUUUCCCUUUCUCUCAGCGUUUGCCGUCUCGCCAUUAAAUCCCCAAUCUUCCCAAACCCUAAGAGAGAGAAAGCGCAAUUGAGGGAUAGAUAGUAGUCGACGGACCCAUAUGGAGAUAGCACCAGAGGUUCCAGCGUCUCCGAACGGCGGCGAGGCCAGAGACACCAUCAGCACCGUUUCCUCCGCCGUGGAACCUUCCUCGUCUUCUUCAUCGGAGAAGGAGAUUAACAGUAUGAAUAAUGAUAGGGUGGCGAGCAAGUACGAUGAUGAUGAAGAAGAGGAGGAUGUGUGUCGGAUCUGCCGGAACCCUGGCGAUGCUGAGAAUCCUCUGAGGUAUCCGUGCGCGUGCUGUGGGAGCAUCAAGUUUGUUCAUCAAGAAUGUCUUCUUCAGUGGCUUAAUCACAGCAACGCUCGUCAAUGCGAGGUCUGCAAGCAUGCAUUUUCAUUCUCCCCAGUUUAUGCUGAGAAUGCUCCAGCAAGGCUUCCUUUUCAGGAAUUUAUUGUUGGGAUGGCCAUGAAAGCAUGCCAUGUUCUGCAAUUCUUUUUGCGCCUUAGUUUUGUACUCUCGGUUUGGCUUCUCAUUAUACCCUUCAUUACAUUUUGGAUAUGGAGAUUGGCAUUUGUUCGGAGUUUUGGUGAAGCCCAGAGACUAUUCGUGAGUCAUAUAUCUACUACAGUUAUUCUGACUGACUGUCUGCAUGGGUUCCUACUAUCUGCAAGUAUUGUAUUUAUCUUUCUCGGGGCCACUUCUCUGAGGGAUUACUUCAGACAUCUACGAGAACUUGGAGGACAGGAUGCUGACGGAGGGAAUGAAGGGGACAGAAAUGGUGCUCGUGCUGCAAGAAGGCCUCCUGGACAAGCAAAUCGGAAUAUUGUCGGUGAUGGAAAUGGUGAAGAUGCUGGUGGAGGGCAAGGAAUUGCUGGAGCUGGUCAACUAUUCAGAAGGAAUGCAGAAAAUGUUGCUGCUCGGUGGGAGAUGCAGGCAGCUCGUCUUGAGGCACAUGUUGAACAGAUGUUUGAUGGCUUGGAUGAUGCUGAUGGUGCAGAGGAUGUACCUUUUGAUGAGCUAGUUGGCAUGCAGGGGCCCGUUUUCCAUUUGGUUGAAAAUGCAUUCACUGUUCUUGCAAGCAAUAUGAUAUUCCUUGGUGUUGUAAUCUUUGUUCCGUUUUCACUAGGACGGAUUAUACUCUAUUAUUUAACGUGGCUUUUGUCAACUGCUACCAGUCCAAUGUUGGCAACGGGUAUGCCACUUACAGAGUCAGCCCUCUCUUUGGCCAAUAUUACGUUGAAGAAUUCAUUGACUGCAGUGGCAAAUUUGACUUCUGAUAAUCAGGAAAACAGUCUGCUAGGCCAAGUUGCAGAAAUGUUGAAAGUAAAUGCUACUGGAGUGAAUGAAGUAUCAAACAAUAUUAGUACACCACUUUCAGCUGAUCUUCUGAAAGGGGCAUCAAUUGGGACAUCAAGGCUUUCUGAUGUUACAACUCUUGCAGUCGGCUACAUGUUUAUAUUCUCUCUUGUUUUUUUCUACCUUGGAAUUGUUGCGGUGAUUCGGUAUACUAAAGGUGAGCCUUUGACUACGGGGAGGUUCUAUGGUAUUGCUUCAAUUGCAGAGACAAUUCCUUCUCUCUUGAGGCAGUUUUUGGCAGCAAUGAGACAUUUAAUGACUAUGAUUAAGGUUGCUUUCCUUCUUGUCAUUGAACUUGGGGUUUUCCCUUUGAUGUGCGGAUGGUGGCUAGAUGUUUGUACUAUAAGGAUGUUUGGGAAGUCAAUUGCGCAAAGACUAGAGUUCUUUUCAGUGUCUCCAUUAGCAAGCUCGUUGGUCCAUUGGGUUGUAGGAAUUGUAUAUAUGCUUCAAAUAAGUAUCUUUGUUAGCCUUCUACGAGGGGUUUUGCGUAAUGGAGUUCUUUACUUUCUUCGGGAUCCAGCUGAUCCCAACUACAAUCCAUUCCGUGAUCUGAUCGAUGAUCCUGUGCACAAGCAUGCUCGUAGGGUUCUGUUGUCUGUAGCUGUUUAUGGGAGUUUGAUAGUGAUGCUGGUGUUUCUACCAGUUAAACUUGCAAUGCGCAUGGCUCCCUCAAUUUUUCCACUGGAUAUUUCUGUAUCUGAUCCAUUUACAGAAAUUCCUGCUGACAUGCUUCUCUUUCAAAUCUGCAUUCCAUUUGCCAUUGAACAUUUUAAAUUGCGGACAACAAUCAAGUCUCUUCUCCGCUAUUGGUUUACUGCAGUUGGCUGGGCGCUUGGUUUAACUGAUUUCUUAUUGCCUAGACCUGAGGAUAAUGGUGGCCAGGAAAAUGGAAAUGGUGAAGCAGGAAGGCAGGAUAGAAUACAUGCACAACCCGGUGGACAGGAUCGGGCUCUGGUAGUUAUGCCCCCCGAUGAUUUGAACAGAGCCAGGCAAACGGCAGUGAACUCAAAUUUUGCAGAGGAGUAUGAUGAUGAUGAUGAACAAUCUGAUUCAGAUAGGUAUGGCUUUGUGCUUCGCAUUGUGCUAUUAUUGGUGGUGGCUUGGAUGACACUACUUAUCUUUAACUCUGCCUUAAUUGUUGUACCUGUUACACUUGGACGGGCACUCUUCAAUGCCAUCCCUCUUCUCCCAAUAACACACGGUAUCAAGUGCAAUGACUUAUAUGCUUUCAUUAUCGGGAGCUAUGUCAUUUGGACUGCUGUUGCUGGAGCAAGGUAUUCCAUUGAGCACAUCCGAACAAGGAGGGCUGCAGUUUUGCUAGGCCAAAUUUCAAAGUGGUGUGCCAUAGUUUUGAAGAGUUCUGCACUGUUAUCAAUAUGGAUUUUUGUCAUCCCGGUGUUGAUUGGACUGCUCUUUGAACUUUUGGUAAUUGUGCCCAUGCGGGUACCUGUGGACGAAAGCCCGGUUUUCCUUUUGUACCAGGACUGGGCAUUGGGACUCAUCUUUCUCAAGAUCUGGACCAGACUGGUUAUGCUGGAUCACAUGAUGCCGCUGGUGGACGAGAGUUGGAGAAUGAAAUUUGAAAGGGUGAGAGAAGAUGGUUUCUCGAGGCUGCAGGCCUUUUGGGUGCUGCGGGAGAUUGUCUUUCCAAUCAUUAUGAAGCUGCUUACUGCGCUGUGCGUUCCCUAUGUUUUAGCAAGAGGAGUGUUCCCAGUAUUUGGCUACCCAUUGGUAGUUAACUCAGCUGUCUAUCGAUUUGCCUGGUUGGGAUGCCUUGGCUUCAGCCUGUUGUGCUUUUGUGGCAAGAGGUUUCAUGUCUGGUUCACCAACCUCCACAAUUCAAUACGUGAUGAUCGCUAUUUGAUUGGCCGUAGGCUUCAUAACUUUGGGGAAGACACAGGAGAGAGACAGAAUGAGCCUUCGAUUUCCUCUGAAACGCAAACUUCAAGUUCACACGACACUGGUAUAAUACAACAUGACAGAGAAGCAGAUGUAGGGCUGAGGCUGAGGCGUGCUGUAUGACCAAAUGCCUAAUGCCUAAAUUAUGAGGUGGACGGUACAGCCAGUUUUGGCCCUUUUUUGAGGCUGCUGAGAUUACGAAUUGGAUGGGUGCACAAAUUGUCAAACAGGUUGUAGGCCCUCCAGAUGUGUGCUUUUGUGCUACAUACAUUAAUUAGUUAAUUGUCUAACUUGUGAAUAGAAUUUGUGGAACUUUAGUCUGUUUAAACUCAGUCGUUGGUAUAUAUGAAACAACGAAACUGAAAUGAGUGAUGGUAAGUGUCUUACAUCGUCUUAGUUUCAGCUGGUAAGCUACCUUACCUGAGCUCUUACAGGCGCAACCGUUUGCCAUGCACAUUCUACAUGUUCCAAGAAAAAGAAAAACAAAGGUCAAACCGGUUGUCAUCGGUGGAGG